AUGAAUAUCCAUUUCAUUAAUAUAAUAUUUCUUUUUUUCUUCUUCGGUGUACAUAUUAUAAAUUUAUAUGAAGGGAAAAAUAUAAGUGAUCAUCAUAAAAUAUGGAAUAAUCAUUAUUCAUAUGAUGUGACAAAUAACCAGAAUAAAUAUAAAUAUAAAUAUAUUUAUCGUAAUACUAGAAAACAUAAACUAUUAAACAUUAAAAGUUUUGAUUUCUUCCCACUAGAUAAAAAUCAUGUUACAAUAAUUAGUACAAGAGAAAAAAAAAAGUAUUAUUCUUUUAUAAAAUUUAAAACAUUGAGGAGAUUAAUAAACAAAUGGUUUCUCCUUAAUAAUGAAGAAAAUAUAAUACAUCCAUUAAAAAAUUGCCUUUGGAAAAUAACAGUAUAUAAUUUCUUUUUACAAAAAAAAGAUUCUUUUUAUGUUCAUCUUUAUGAGGACGGACGGGUAAAGACAAGUAACAAUUUAGAAGGCAGCUGGUAUUUCAAUAAUUAUUAUCUCACGUGGGUUAUUGAAUAUGAGGACAGGAGGGUAUUCUACACAGCAGAGCUCUUCUGGAAUCAAGAGAAAAGCAAAAUGAUCAAAGGAAUUAUUUAUCAAGAGACGAAAAAAAAUAAUUCUUUUAUUCCUUCAUAUAUGUUUAGAAAAAUCCUUGGGUCCUUUUCAGGAAAAAUAGAAAAUCAAUAG